UUUGUUGAUCACAAUCCCAUCACCGGCAAAAUAGAGGAAAGAGUUGAAUCGGAAAAUUGAUUCCAAACAGGCAAAUAUAAGAGGAGUUAAUCUCAAAAGUUUUUAAUAAUCUUCCCCGGAAAUCAUGUCGGAGGCCAUCAUCUCAGGGGCGAUAGAGGAGCUGGAGAGUUUUCUAGUUGAGAGCGAUAAAGGGUAUCUCGCAAAGACGGUAAUAAACGAGCUGCGAAUGAUGCUGGAUUACUUGAGGUUCAAGAACUCGGGAAAGAGGAGAAGGAUGCUAAAUCAUUUGGUAGCUGACUUUGCUGAGAUAGCUCAGUAUUCAGCUGACCUCACAAGAAAAGCUGAUCAGACCUCCUUAUACAAUGAAAUGGGCAUUGUCCUCGACUGGCUGAGGCGGUCAAAAAAGCGGAUGACGGAGUUUGGAGUCGGUGAGGGGGUGAGCAGACUGCAAGAUGUUGGAGAAAAGGGAGACAGAGUUUCCGUGGUGGGGUUGGAGAAGGACAUGGAGCAACUUAUUGGGAAGGUGAUUCUUAACGAGGAGGCGGCCCUUGUGAGUUCUUGUAUCAAAGGCAUGCUUGGUGUGGGGAAGACGACUCUUGCCAGACAAGUGUACAACCAUCCGGCUAUCGUUGGGAAGUUCAAGCAACGUGCGUGGGUGACCAUUUCUAGUGACACGAGUGUACAUGAGGUGCUUGUGGAGCUGAUACAGCAGUUGGUGGUACUUGAUGGGGAUUCGUUGUUGGUGGAGAAAAUGGACAACCGGAGUCUUAGACAGAUGCUUCGCCAGCACCUGCAAGGAAUGUCGUGUUUCAUUGUUGUCGACAACCUUCUUGCAGAAAUGCGCUUGGAAUCUUUCUUGCUAGGUCUUGCACAGAUAGGCAAUGGAAGUAGGUUGUUGUUAACCAGUCGCUAUAAGAUUGAAAGAAUAAACAUAGGUUAUAUUCACGAGAUGAAAGCUCUGAAUCCGGACAAGAGCUGGCAAUUGUUUUUGAAAACAAUUGAUAAAUUUACUGGGGUUGAGAACAAAUUCUCGAAGGAGUUGGAGAGGAAGGGCAGAGAGAUGUUGAAAAAAUGUUGGGGUUUGCCGGUAGCUAUCAUAAAUGUUGGAAGGCAUAAAGUGAAACAAAGACUUUCGGGGAUUGAAUGGGAACAACUUUUUGAUUCAAUUGAUUUGCGAGAAUCGUUGAAGAUAUUGGAGCCGAUGUAUCGUAAUUUGGAUGAGACACUCAAGGCAUGUUUCUUGCUCAUGUCAUUGUUUAAAGAAAAUGCAAUAAUGAGGGAAGAAAAGUUGGAUCAUGUUUGGAAUAUAAGAGGAAUAAAUGUAGGAAGAUCAUGUACGUACCGGUUAGUUAGUGAAUCCAUUUUUGAAGUCGUGCACGAGUUCCCGUUCGUACGAGAAGUAAAAAGGUGUCACAUGAAUCCUCUACUACACAUGUUAUCCGUCAAAAAAGCAGAGGAGGAAUUGGGCUUUGAGAUCUUGAGGAGUGGAAAUAGUCGACUCUCUCGAAGCUCACGAAUUCCUUGUCAUCGUGUUAUUCAUUGUGGUAGAGACAAACUUAUUCACUCCAAGAAUCAAGACAAACAUCUUGUUUCUCUCGUCUUUCAUGGAGGUGGUCGCUACUUGGACGACGCUGGAGAGGCUUAUUGGAAGAGUUUUGAACUCCUCGACAUACUCGACAUGGAAGAUUUUGGGGUGAAGACUUUAUCAGAAACUAUUGGCACACUGAUUUCGUUAAGGUAUUUGGGAUUGAGAAACAAUUACACGCAAGAGAUUCCUCACUCGUUGGGGGGAUUGAAAAGGCUUGAGGUUCUCGACAUAGCUCUAAACUUUAUGGUGGAGGUGCCGGAUAUCAUCAAGGAAAUGGGUAGCCUUCGUCAUCUCUACAUGUCUGAUGUGAUUUGUCGGGAGCCUUUGAAAGUAGAUGCGCUACAGAAGCUUGAGACACUAACUUGCAUCCCGAUCUAUGAUUGGACAUACGAGUUCUCAAGCUUGGAGAAGAUGAGUCGUCUUCGUAAAUUGGGGAUCGAAGAAAUUGAUGAAAACUCGGAUGUUAUAAAGCUCUUUGGAUCACUAUUUAAGUUGAAUAGGCUUGAGCACUUGACCUUGAGAGGGUUUCGUUUCAGAAGCAUGCCGUGUUUGGACCAGAUUGGUGUUCUUGAUAGACUCGCGACGCUUAAACUGGAUGGACGCCUAGCUAAGCUACCAAGUGCGGGUGAUUUCCCUCAACGUAUUCGCUACUUGAUUUUGGUAAAUACUUGUCUGGGCGAAGACCCCAUGCCGGAGCUAGAGAAUCUACCCUCCCUAGAGCGCCUCAAACUGCGGAAUGCAUACACUGGUCGAGAAAUGGUGAUUCAGCACAACGGGUUUCCUAAGCUCAAAGUGCUUCGGAUAAAUGAGCUGUGGAACCUUAGAAAAAUACAAGUUGGAGAAGGUGCGAUGUGGAAACUCGAGCAACUCGAAAUCAAGAACUGUACACAUCUGGUGAAGUUUAAGAUUGGGUCGAUGAAGCGUCUGAGGAAGUUAAGAAUGGUAACAACCAAACACAUGGCAGCAAAGAUUAGAAACUCGAGCUCAAUCUCCAGAAUAAUUGAAGUUGAUAUCAGUCCAUAAUUUGAAGUGUAUGAGAAAGUGGAUAUUUUUGUUUGUUGCCUUUGGAAGGAUGGUGUGUACUUUUCCUUCUUUCAUUCCUCCUUUGUUUUGUGUGUUUGCAAAUAAAUGUGUAUAGUUUUAAGGAACAAACUAUAUGUAUUUUAUGUUAGUAUUAUUUAAUAUGAUAUGGCUUGAGAAUCCA